AUGGUGAGAUUGUUAAAUAAUAAAGACGCAUGGUUAUGGGAUGUUAACAGACAGAAGGGUUUAUCGGUGAAUUAUGUGAAAAAAGCUUUAAUUUUCGAUAGGGAAAGAAGUCACCUCUCGAAAUUCGAGUGGAGCAAAUGGGUUCCAAUAAUAUGUAACAUUAUGGCAUGGAGAGGUAACUUAGACAGACUUGCUGCCAAAGUUAAUUUGAAAAGAAGGAACAUGGAUAUUUCAUCGGUGUUAUGCCCUUUCUGCGAAGAAUAUGAGGAAACGGUGAAUCAUUUGUUUACAGCAUGUAGGUUGGCUAUUCGGGUGUGGGCAGAUAUCAGUGCUUCGUGCAAAAUUCAGCCGAUCUUUGCUUUCGAAUUAAAAGAUUUAAUGGAUAUUCAUAAUGCUAUACAGAGUGGGAAAAAGAUGAAGAAGAUUAUCCGCGGUUUGAUUAUUAUCUCGUGUUGGUGUAUUUGGAAAAGAGGAAUGACUUGGUAUUCAACCAGAUCAGGAGAAGUUCGCAAGAUAUUUUGA